GCAGCGUGUGCUGAAGGAAAAAAGAACGUGACCGAUAUCCAGUUCGGCCGCCCCGCAGUAGCGUGUCCGUGUCUAGGUACAGUAACCAGCGGUAUUUCUGGCCCUCCAGGUUUUCUCCAGCCAUCGACCAUCAACAUCUCUCAAACGCCCCUUAAAACCUCACAGCUGUCAAGCACCGCGUGCCGGUACGGUACAGCUUUUCUGUGAUCAUUCUUACACCAGGAGUUCGACCUAAACAACUGCUAAGCCGCCAGCUUUGGAGAGUUCGGACGCACUGAUGGCUUCAGCCUUGAGUAACUCAGUUUCACGUUCAGCCGUGCUUGGACCUUGCACGCGCAGACAAGACAUACUUACUUUUGAGAGAUCUCGAAGCCUCAGCCCGGAGGAUGCUCCGUUCAAGGACGCCUCCUAAAUGGCUGGAGCGGCAGCAAGUGAGAUGUUGGUGGACUACUUGUGAUUGUUCCAUUUGAUUGGGCAAGCCACAUUCUUAUGAUCGUUGUAGGGCUCCCAGUUAUCAGCAAGGGGUGACCAACAUGUCGGUAUACUAUUUUGAUCUGCUUCUAGGCUUCUGGCUUCUGUCAUUUCAGUUCUAUCAUUUUUCUGUGAGCCGUGGACGAUCUUCAUUUCUGCUACUCGGUCUGGCUGCACAGUUGCACUUGCCUCAUGUCACUACGAAUGAAACUUCUACGGAAACUCGAUCAUGAGUACAUUAUCGCUUGACACGAAGAAUUGCAAAAUCGAGGUGCGAAAGUAUGUACUUAUUCCGCAAUCCUCGAGAUGGCAGAAGAAGAGAGAACGAGUUGUGGUCCAAUCGCCGAUGUUGAACAUCACAAAAGACGUCUCACUUGUCCCUGUCCGAAGAUUCAAUGGUGAACAGCAGAAUGCUGUCUGCUUCCUUCCCAGGACAGAUAUUGAGAAGGAUACCAGUGACACUUACCAGCGAUUACACGUCAACAAGUCUUCAUCGAGUAUCGAAGCUCAUGGCGUUGCAAUAUGCGACAGUUCUCCCUCUAACGACUUCUCGUAUUGCCGGAACGAUCGAUUCUGGAUUCACGUUGACUCCAAGACCGAGGAAUACAAACAUACUGUUCCAGUUAUCAACCUUCGGACUUACAAGAGUGGUGUUAUUCAAGUUGACCAUGUUUGCUGGCUCCCUAAAAUUCAUAGCACUAGCAUGUAUUCCGCAGGAAAGGCACCCGGCGAGGAACUUUGGACUCCAGGAGGAUCAGCACGGCAGUGCAAGCUCUCUGGCUCGAAGAAAUACGCAUUGUGGUCAUUUGUCGUCUGCCAGUAUAAUGAUGGUACCAAGCCUGUCGGGAAAAGCGUCAUGAUCCCAGCAAAAGACAAUCAAACCGGAGAAACUCGUCAUCUGUCAGUGAACGAGUCUAAUCAUCUAUUCGAGUCUCGCUGGCGGCUUAUGCAGGCAAGGUUUGGUAGCAGUAGCCCACCACAACCACUUGCUACUCUACCUAUCACUCCGCCUGCAUCACCGGAGCAUAGCAACAGUAGGAAAUCGGGGAGAGGAAAGGAUUAUCAGUCGAAUCAUAUUGUUUCGGUUCCUGUUGACAGAGACUGUUGGGCAAGGAUCAAGGACAUGGCUAGUCGUCGACCAGCCCAGAGCGACUAUUAUGUUUUGAGGAACAGUUCAAUACAUCCGCAAAGGAGCUUAGAUGUAACAGGCAGCGCAGACCGAGGUCGUUCGGCUAGCAUCAGUCUACUUACAGAAGAGUACGAAAGUGAUUGGAGUUCUGGAGCCUCGUCGUGCAGCAGUUCACGCAAUGUUUCCCCGGGUUGCACUUCGAGCACAGCAAGUCUAAAGAGGACCCAGGAGGGCCAGCGUGUUAACGACCGUAUCGUUGUCUGUGAAGCUCUGCUAAUGCUUCACGCAAAUGAGAAUCUCGAAGCUAGACAUGAUCGGCUUGCAUUCUCAGCAGCAGAUCCCUCGAUCGCGCAAGAUCCAACGCUCAUCAGCGCAGAAUGGAAGGCCAAUCGACCUGAACGUAAUCCAAAGCUGGACGGCUUGUGCCAAAGUAAGGAUCCACAUUGCCCGUACAUCACAAAUUACACAUGCAGGCACUUUCACCCAGAUCCAGCAAAAUGCCGUCUCGACAAAGAACCGGAUUUGGAGCUGCACGAGCCAUCAACCGCAAAGCUGAGCAAACAAUGGGAUUCAUGGUUCGAUGCCAACAACGGUACUCCCAGACAAGAUCGACACAUGGACCAUGAGCAUUGCAUAACUCGAGUGCGGCCGUACCCGGCUGGAGCUGGUGACUGCUUGCUUGCUGCCAACCCACGUAAGAAUCAUCGAUGCUGCGAUUGGAACGAGAAGGACUUCGAUGGCAUAUCGCAAAAUUACAUUCGCGAAUACAACAGGAGCAAGCAUGCUGAAGCAGAGAGACAUAGGGUUGCAAUCUUCGACCAGUCGACCUUGGUAAGGACAGAAAAUAGGCUCCCGGACCAUGGCAUUACAGAAGAUCAGUUGGGUCUAGGGGGGCAGAUGCUCCAGAUCGAGUUAAGUCAUGGCGAUCUUGGGUCUGAGUUGGAACACUUCGAGAUGGACCAGUUGAACAUGGAUAUUCUCGAGUGUGACAACGGGCAUCAAGACAUAGAUCAGCUUUGGAGUGACGCUUUGAGCUAUCAUUGAGAGUGCAAUUUCUCCGAGGUCGUUACUACUGAAAAUAGAUUUUAUAUUUUUUGGUUUUGGUGACGGAUUGGGGGCGGGUUCCUGGUUUGCGAUAUGUAAACAUUAGUCGAUGGGUUUGAGAGCAGGUUGCAGGUCGGAUCAGAGUCUUAAGAUGGAGCCAAAUUGACGUGUGUUAGGAUCUGGAAUGAGUUGGACCCAUCAUGGCCAUAGAUACACAGGACCGCUCGUAAGUUAUCGAUUGUUGUGACGAUGUACAUUCUAGACUUACGAUAGAUAUCCCAUAGAGGAGGACUUGUGGGAAGGCGAGGGCGGGUAUGGAGUUUUGGACAUUUGAUGAACUGGCAAUCGAACAUGUAUUAUACCCUAUUUAUCAUAUUAGCUAAACUUCAGUUCAUUACUAUCGCUCCCUUCCCUUGGCAUUGAAAAGCUCCAGCCGUAUCCAGGCUCCGCUCUCUUAGGAUAACGAGG